CGAUCUCUAGCCAUGGCGUCUGCGCCGCAACGCACGGCGUCGACGCACAGGUCGGCGGUCGUCCGUGGCACGCACGAGUUUCACAUCGUCGGCUACAGCGAGCGUAAGCCGUUCGCCCGUCUCACCAACAAGGCGGCAUCAUAUUUCGACCCCCUCUAUGCCGACGGCCCCGGGAGUGACCCCUUGAUCAAGUCUGCCGCCUUUCAGGUCGGCAACUACACAUGGGACCUCGUCUGCAUCUUCGGUGUUCAAGGUCAGGGCCCUACUUUGAUCCUCGUCCCGGGCCCCCAAAUUUCUGGAGACGGCCCUGUUCAAGGUCACCUCACAUCCAUCACCCUGGAGCUGCUCACCAAAACCAUUACCAAGGAUGUCAUCGCCACGGCCAGCCUUCAGAUCGACGACCCGCUUGGCCGGUGGCCGCCCGCCGUGUGGCGAAGCGACGCCGCCCACAGAUUCUGCAGGAGAAUAUUUGCCGGUAUGAGCUGGAAGCUGUCGCUACCGGAUGCGUUCCGUGGGCACGAGGAGCGCUACGUCACCGAUGAUGACCGCCUCACCAUCAUCUGCACCGUCGACAUUCUCCAAGAGGAUACCCAGACCGCCGCGGAGACCAGGAAGUGCUUGGUCUCUGUGGUGCCGGCGCCGACCAUCCCACGGGAUUUUCAGCAGCUUCUGCUACUUCUGGAGAAGUACCCCAAGUUAUCCGACGUCACCUUCCUCGUAGAGGAUACCGAGUUCCGUGCGCACAGGCUUGUGCUUGCUAUGCGGUCACCGGUCUUUGCCACGGAGCUCUUUGGUGACGCGAAGGAGAGCACCACAAGCCGAAUAAGGAUAGACGACAUGGAUGCCUCCACAUUUAGGGCCAUGAUCCGGUUCAUCUACACUGACGAGCUUCCCAUGAAGCCAAUCAACCAUGUGGAAUCAAGAAGCCCCCUUAAUAAUAAUUUUAAAGAGGAAUACAUGUCCCUCGCUCGCAAACUCCUUGUGGCAGCUGAUCGGUAUGAUCUCGAGAGGCUGAGGCUCAUGUGCGAGAACAUACUGUCGGAGUGCAUCAAUGUGGCCACUGUCAUGAAGACGUUACUGCUGGUGCGAGGCCGCCAAAGGUGCUAUCAGCUCCAGGAUUCCUGCAUCAAGUACAUGUCGUCUGAUCCUGAUGUGUACAACGCGGUGACUCGUAGCACUCGACCACCAGCACAAGAGAAGAGCACAUCCAGAUAUAAUUUGUCGGAUGUAGUCCGCGGUACGCAUGAGUUCAGAAUCCCCAUCUUUAGCUCUUUGCAAACGAGCUACCGUGUUAGUCAAGUAAUGACUUCCGAUGUAUUCAAGGUAGGCGGUUACGACUGGAAGAUAAAUGUGUACCCGUCUGGAUAUGAUGUUGAAGAGCACAUAUCCGUCUACCUCUGUCUAUGCACUGAUCCUGGAACUGCUACAGUCAAGUCGUCGAACAGGUUCCGGAUCGAUGACCCUAACGGCAAAUCACCGUCGAUGGUGCUUGGUUCAGAAGACACUUUUACAAAGUUGCAUCGAACCUCGGGAUUUCAGAAGUUCAUCGCCGUGAAUUCUGCAAAGUCACAGUACGUAGGACACGAUGGCUCCCUUACCAUACAUUGUGACCUUGACGUCCACAAGGAGGCAUGCACUACUAGUACUAGCACCACCAUCGCUAAAUCCAUGAUAGUUGUGCCGCCGUCCAACAUUGCGUGGCACCUCGAGCAACUGAUGGUGAGUGGGCAAUGGUCGAACGUGACGUUCAUGGUUGAGGAGAGCAAGAUUCACGCACACUGGCUCAUCAUUGCCAUGCGGUCACAAGUUCUGUUCGAAAUGGUAGCGGUGGAGACGUCCAAUUGGGUCAUUCGGAUCGACGAUAUGAAGGCCGUUGUCCUCAGGGCAGUGCUCCACUUUGUCUAUACCGAUGAGCUGCUUCCUGUGGAUGAUGCGGUAGCAGCCAGAGAAGAUCGGAGGGAGAAAUAUUUAAUUUGA